GUGCCAAAACACAGCACGUGCUGUUAGUUUCAUUGCUUCUGAAAACCGAGGCUGUCCUCGCAUUCAUUGAAGAAUCGUUCGUCCGUCGUUUGUCUUUCGUGAUCACAUUUUUCCCAAAAUUCCAGCUGUCUCCAAAUUUCCUGCCAACGACUAGGCGGACAAACUUUUUUUUAGCUUGCUCGCAUCAAAUACCAAAAUUGCGCGUUGAAUGCAUCGGAUUAACCUCAUCACUUCCGUAACAAAGUCACCACCAUGCCGCGCACAAUGCCAGUCGACACCCAGUGGCAGAACUUCUGGAAGGAGUCCAUCCACAACGAGACGGAGACUCGCAUGCGAUGGGCCAUGAAGUUUGACACCGAGUUCCAGCGAAUGAUCCACGACCCCUCGCUGGCGGAUGUCAAGGUACCCAGCGAGCGUUUCAACGUUCAGAAGAUUCCCACCAUCGAACAUCCAGCGAGCAGCUACGUCAUCGAAAAGCAGUACCACAUGCAGAAGCAGCGACCUCCGCCGCCGUUCCCGAAGAAGCCCGAUUCAACCGUCUCUCUGGACAUGUUCCCGCCCGACGCGAAGACGAAGGAGCUGCUGUAUGACGGCAUCUCGUACAACGGCGAGGGGCGCUACCAGUACCUGCGCGCUCGCAACAAGCUGUACCCGGACCAGAAGUUCCCGUUCGAAGCGUGUACGUCGUGGCAGUACGGCUGGGGCGGCCGCGACGCGCUGCUGAAGGGGCCCAAGUUCGCCACGGUCUCCGUCAUCAACGAGACCUUCUACCGCAAGAACGGCCUGCACUGGGUGCGGGACCAGGCGAAGCCGGAGGGGCGCAUCGUGAACACGCUGGAGAAGGAGUAGGCAGGGCUGCUCGUGCCGGCCCGUGGCAGCCGGAACUGUGGCAGGCUGUGGAAGUCCUCUGGUGCUUUGUCGUCUGCGUAACAAGUACUGCGUUAAGGCACAGGCAUUGAUCCUUGAAAGCUGGAUGGGAAGUUGCGAUAUAACCGCGCCCAAUAAUCCCCCGAUGCUCGUAUUGGCGGGUGUCGUCUGAUGCCUUAUUCGGUGUAGAUGAAGGCUUCGCAUUUGCGAAUUUUCUUUGAUUUUCCCCGGCCGGCGUACAAAUCUGCACUCGAAAAUGAGCUGACAAGGGAACGAUCCAACAAUCUCAAGAAUGAUGACGUUAGAAAAUUGUGAGGACGUUGGACAACCAUGUUCCACUUCUUUUUUCUUCGCAGUAAAUUCGCGUCAGUUUUCGUUACACAACAUAAUGUAUCCACACAGACAAAGUUGCCUCCUUGCUUUUGCUGGCAAUGUUAAUUUUCCUUGGGUCGCUUUCUGUUCUCGUUUGACCCGAAAUUCCUGAAAUGCAACUGUGAAAUGCAUCACGUACGAAAUGCUGCUACGUGUUCCAUCUAUGGUCACCCGUUCGUAUGUGUAUUGCCUGUUGCUGCAUCGUACCCAAAUAGUACAAUUUGGUAUAGCUUU